AUGUACGACGUGAACAAGGCGGUGAGCGUGGAGGUGCGGAGCGCGGAGCUGGGGGUGCUGACCAGCGAGGAGCUGAGGAGGGUGUCCCUGGGGAAAUACCAAAGCGAGUUGCUAGAAUAUGAGAAAAUGAAUUCCAGUGGAGUCACCUCCAAGAUGUAUUUUGAUCCCAAAUAUGGGACCAUCGAUUAUAGGCAAAUUUGUAGCGUCUGUUUUGAAAGGCACGAAAAUUGCGUUGGGCAUAUCGGGCACUUAGAAUUUAGCUUGCCUCUGUUUAAUCCCCUUUUUUAUAAAGACUUGUGUGAGCUGUUGGGGCUAGUUUGCUUAGACUGCUUUCAGGUGUGCUGCUCUGAGGAUACGAUUUUUCUUCUGAAGCAUAUUUACCAGCUGAGGGCUCUGAACGAGAUCGAGAGCUCCAACAGGAUCGUUUGCAAGAGGAGCUACGAUAGGGAGCACGUCGUCGGGGAGAUUGAGAGGCUCUACCGGCGGAUUAGCGAGCAGCACAAGGGGGGCGGAGCGGGGGGGCAGCACUGCGGGAGCGAAGAGGAGGUGGACGCCAUGGACUAUGGCAGCGAAGCGGAGGGGCAGAACUGCGGAAGCGAAGCGGAGGGGCAGAAAUACGCGAGUGAGGCGGAGGGGCAACACCACUCAAGUGAGGCGGACGGGCAGCACCGCGGCGAGACUGGGCCAGCCCCCGCGAAGCUGCAAAAGCUGAAGGAGAAAAUUAGCAUGUUUAAGUUUGACCCGACGAAGCUGGCCUUCCAGUCGAAUUACAACUACGAGGAGUACCUGCAGCUGACGAAGACCCUGAAGCUCCUCAUGAAGAAGAGCGGGCGCUGCCCCGCCUGCAAGGGCAGGAGGAACAUCUCGGCCAGGAUGUCCCAGAAGAGGGACACCAUCAACUUCGUGGGCGUCUACCUGCAGAACUCCUUUUUGAAGAAGUACAUGCAGGUGGGGAGGAAGCGGGAGCAGGCCGGGCCCGCCGCGCCCGGGGAGGAGGACCUGGAGGACCUGGUGGAGCGCGACGAGGGUCUAGCGGCGGAGGAAGCGGCGGAGGAAGCGGCGGACUAUGGCGAUGCAGCCGACCAUGACGACGCUGCGAACGCCGAUUACGCCGCUACCCCCGCCACCCCCGCCAACGCCGCGUCCGCCGCUUCCGCCGCUUCCGCCGCUCGGGAGAGCUUCCCCCAAAUGGUGCGCAGCUACAAGAAGCAGAACGCCAAGGAGAAGAGCACCGUGCGGCUGUUCAGCUUCCAAGUGAUCGACCUGCUGGAGAAGGUCUUCAGGAAAAACGACCGAGAAGUCAUGCACCUGCUGUACCCAUUCACCAAGAGAGAUGGGCACAAGGUGUUCUUCCUCUACGACAUGGGCAUCAGCGCCAACCGGUUUAGAGUGAAGCUCCGGGGGGUGCACAAGAAGACCAAAAUGAUAAGCGUCCUGAGCAAGUUCAACGCGCUCCUAAACUUGUGCAUAAGUGCAAAGAAGGAAAUCGAUUUUGAGGAACUGCUGGAGAGAAACAAAAGAGAGUUACAUCUGUAUAAGGAGAUGUUCGGCCUCUUUUCCAUCCGAAUGAAGUACAAGUUCAAUGCGGAUCUUAUGGACGAAGACACGGAGAUUACCAAAAUAGAUUUCCUACGGAGCUACGACCUCAUAUAUAGAAACAAGAGCGCCUACAUUAACAUUCUGUUCAGCAAUUUGCAGGUUGCUCUGAACACCUUUUUUGAUAGCACCUUCGCAGCACAUCUGCCGAAUGCUAAGAUGAGCAACCAGGGAGUGAGGGAGAUACUAGAUAAGAAGGAGGGAAUUUUAAGAAAAAAUAUAAUGGGGAAGCGAGUAAAUAACUGUGCUCGUACGGUGAUCUCCCCAGAUACUUUUAUAGAGACUAACCAAAUUGGAGUGCCACUCGAAUUUGCAAAAAAACUAACUAUGGAUGAGUGCAUUACGGAGAAUAAUUUCGAUUAUGUGAAGCGACUCAUUUUAAACGGCCCCGACAUCUACCCUGGUGCACUAAGUUAUAGAGACUCCAGGGGAAACGUUUUUAAGCUCUCCACUGAUUAUGAGAAAAGGGUCCUCCUCAUUAAACAGCUCGAGAGGAUGAACCUGAAGAAGCAAUGCACAACGUUGGUUCUGCAUAGACACGCUCGAGACGGAGACAUAGUCAUUAUGAACAGACAGCCGACGUUACAUAAGUUUUCUAUUAUGGCUCACUUUAUUAAAAUUUUUGAAAGGGAGAAGGUGUUUCGUUUGAAUUAUGUUAACUGUAGUUCUUAUAAUGCCGAUUUUGAUGGGGACGAAAUGAAUCUGCAUCUUCUGCAAACGGCUCAUGCGAGGUCGGAGGCCACCCACCUGAUGAACAGCGAUUUUCUCUUCACCAGUUUUAAGGACGGCUCUCCGUUGAGGGGUCUCGCGCAGGACUUCAUCCUGGGGGGGCUCCACUUGACGUCGCUGGAGACGUUUCUCAACUACGACGAGUACUGCAACCUGCUGCAGUGCGCCCUCAACUGUUUGCUUUCGCGGAAGGACUGCUUCUUCUUCGAGGCGGGCCCCCGCGCGAGGCGGGGGGGGCGGCCCGGCAACGCGGUGAAGUCCUCAAAGGGGGGCGACCCCACCAACGAGGGCAACGCCGCUAACACCGCGAACACCGCUGCCCCCCCCACGCAGGGCCCCUGGAAGCUGCGCAACCACAGCUACCUGGACCCCUACGCCGUGGUGCUGAACCGGACGCACUUCACCAUCGUGACGGAGGAGCCCGCCAUCCUCUUCCCGCGCAGGCUGUGGACGGGCAAGCAGCUCAUAACGAGCAUCCUCAAGACGAUAAUCGAUCAAGUGGCCGUGGAGACCUAUAAUCACAGGAGGGAUAAUCACUUUAUGAAGAACUACAAGGGGAUCAACUACUAUGCCAAGGCCAAGACGGACCCGUCCCUGUGGUCCUUUGACCCAAAAAAUGAAUGCGAAGUUAUAAUAAAAAAUUCCGAGCUACUCCAAGGGGUGCUAGAUAAGCUACAUUUCGGAGCGAGCUCUAACAGUUUCGUUCACCUGUGUUAUGAGUUGUUCGGUCCAAAGACAGCAGCAGUAAUGCUCGACUGCUUUGGGAGACUGUUCAUCAGCUUCUUACAGUUGCGGGGGACAAGCCUCAGUCUCUAUGAUUUCAUUUUGAAGAAGGACGCCCGGGAGGAGAAGUUAAAAAUACGCAAGAGGAUCUCCUUCACCGGUUUUUACCUGCAGAACCUGUUUACCCACUCGAUUGCAAAGGCUCUUAAUGUGAAUGUCAGUCAGAUGAAUGCCUACAGCAGGGGCAAGAUGAAUUCGCACAGCGAGAAUAACGAGGUGUAUGUUAACGGGUUGUUUGGCCUCUACAGGCGCAGGGGCGCCCUCCUUAGGGACUUCCCAAAAGGGAGCGCACCACUCGGAGGAGCGCAGCAACGGGAGAAGCUGCCCCCGUCGGAGAAGCUGCCCCCAUCGGAGAAGCUGCCCCCGUCGGAGAAGCUGCCCCCGUCGGAGAAGCUGCCCCCAUCGGAGGAACUCCCCCCCUCGGAGGAGCAGCUGGACGUAAAGGAGGAGGCCUACUUCUCCGCGCUGCUCGACAAGGAGAUGCAGCACCUGUUGGCGCGCCGCCCGGGGGAGGAGCCGCCCGCGACACCCACGUCGUCGCCCGCCUCCCGCGUGGAGCGUGCGCUUAACCGAAUGGUGGGCUUGGAAGCGGGUGUAGCGGGCAUAGCGGAGGAACGACCGCCCCCCCGCCUGCGCGCUGCCCCGGUGAGGCAACUCUUCCGGUCGCUGAGCGAGCCCAGCUUCAUGGAAAGCCCCAACUUUGCCGGGGACAAAGCCACGAAGGUGAUCGAAAGGAUCGUUCGCUUCUUAAAAAGGGCCAACUGCAGCAGGAGGCUGAAGGUGUAUAUCCUGUUUGAGCUGUUCCAAAGCAAAAGCGUGUUGAAGCACUUCCCCGCCCUGGCGAGCUGCGUCAACGACCUCUCCCAGGAAGUGAGCAACGAGGAGAUCUUGCACCACGUGCUGAGCAGCGUGAGCGCGGAGAGGGCCCAGGAGCAGCCCGGCCAGGGGGGCGGCGGGGCGGCCACGCAGGAGAUGCUGUCGAAGUUUCUGCGCCUGUUGGAGGACAUGGAGGGGUGCACAGCAGAGGGUCACCAGGGGAGCGGCCAAGAGAGCGACCAAGAGAGCGGCCAAGAGAGCGGCCAAGAGAGCGGUGAACCGUACGGUGGAGACGAUCAGAAAAACGACCAAUCUUAUGGCGCACCGCUGGGUGAGCCCCCCCCCCGCGUAAACGAACACGACGAGCGAAUGAUAAGGAACUGCCUGAAGAAGAGCUUCCCCUCCUUCCUCCUGAACGACGAAAUAGGCAACCUCUCCUUCAACGGAAAGGAGCACUACUACGAGGACUGCGUGAAUCAAAAAGGAACGGACGAAGACACCACCUUCCAAUUUUACAAUAUGAAGGAUGUGUUUAAUAAGCUAGAGUACCUCAUUCAUACUUACUUCCUUCAAAUGAGAGGAGACUUCGAUGGGCUGAUUGACUCUCUCUUUCAACCCUACCUCUGUAGAGUCUCCUCAAAUACAAAUAACCUAAUAUCGAUGGAGAAUCUAAUGAACAAAUUUCUGAACAACGGAUUUAGCAAUAUGAUUUUCACCGGUGCCAAGGGGAGCAAAGUUAACUACGCAAUGAUUUGUGGGAUGCUAGAUCAGCAGUACUUAGAGGGGAAGAGAGUUCCUAGAAUGCGUUCGGGGAAGACUCUCCCGAGCUUCCAUCGAUACGAUUAUGGUGCAAGAGCUUGUGGGUUAAUUACUGACUGCUUCUUGGAAGGACUGAGACCACAAGAAUAUUUUUUCCACUGCAUGUCGGGGAGAGAGGGUCUUAUAGAUACAGCUGUUAAGACGGCCAAGUCGGGCUACAUCCAGAGGUGCCUCAUAAAAUGCAUGGAGAGUGUAAUCCUUCACUACGACGGCACCGUGAGAAAUGAGGACAAUGCAAUUGUUCAGUUUUUGUAUGGGGAGGACGGCAUCGACCCGUCUAGGAUCUCCUAUUUGGACUCGUCCAGGGACCUGCUGAGCAACUACCAGGUCGCCUUCAGCAAGUACCUGCUCCACGACGAGGUGCCGCGGAUGCAGCGCAAUGAGCGGCUAUUUUGGGGGAGCGGCGAAAGCGGUGAAAGCGGCGGGGGAAGCGAAACUGACCAGCGCUGCGACGGAGAGGAUGGCGAUGGGCGUGGCGUGCCGGGCGACCCGCUCGAGACGCGCUUCUCCCCCUACGCGUACAUAGGCGCCACGUCCGAGCGCUUCCGGGAGAAGCUGCGCCACACCAUCGCGAAUGACUUGAACCUGGCCGACUGCUACAACCUGCCGGAGGACUUCGACAGCCUGUCCGCGUCCCUCCUCAAGUCAAAAUACUUCAGAUCCCUGUGUGACCCCGGAGAGUCGAUCGGCAUAUUGGUGGCGCAGUCCUUCGGAGAGCCCGCCACGCAGAUGACUCUGAACACUUUCCACUUGGCUGGGACGGAGAACGUCACCAUGGGGAUCCCCCGACUGAAGGAGAUCUUCCUAACAUCAAAGCUGACGUCCAAGCCGAUGAUCUACGUGCCGAUCAAGAUGGAAGCACGAGGAGCAACUGGCAACGAUGCCAGCGAGAUGAAAAAUUAUAUCAACGAAAUUGCAGACAAGAUACUUAGCACCUACAAGAGCAUCUGCCUAAGUGACGUAAUCUACGGCGUGGGUGUAGACCGCAAGUUGAUUCUUCGAGAGCCAGGGGCAAAGAACACACAGAUGCAUACCCUCCGAGUGGUUAGCAACCAAGCGGAAGAAGACCAACACAUGCAUGGGCAGUAUGUUUCCCCCCCCCCAGAGGGAGACGUGCAAGCAGCCAAGGUGAUGAAUGCGUUACAAAACACACAGCUCAGUUUUAAAAUUAAAAAGGAAUGGAGCUACGAAAUUGUGAUUCAGUUCGAGAAUCUACAUCACUUCUGCAAAGUGAAUAGCCACAUAACUCUGCAAGCCAUUCUAAGCAAAGCGGUGAACUGCGUCCUCUGCUCUGUGCUCAGUAAAAUCCAGGAGAGUCUACACUCCUAUAACAUCAGACACGUCCACUCCUUUAAUCAUGAGCACUACGAUGAGCUCUUCUCUUUCGUCUGCGCAAAGAUGCAGGAGGAGUUUAAUUUUAGUAUGGAAAAAUUUGAAUACAAAAAUGAUGAGGAUAAGAUUAAUGCUAAGCUGAAGUUUAUGGCCUCCAGAGGGGGAGCAACUGCCAACGAGAUGGACGCGGCGGUCGUGCGCGAUGAGAACUACAUAGAUGAGGGGGACUGCUAUAACGGUGGGGCGGCAGGAAGGAGCGGCGGCGGUGCUUCCGGGAAGUACGCCGACCGAGGGGAGGACGCGCUGAGCGACGAAGUGGACGGCAACGACGACCGCGACGGUGGGGGGAGCCACGCGGGGGAUGACCGGCACGGUGGAGCGAAAAGAAGCAGCAACAGCGAUAGCGAUGGUGGUAACGAGGGCGAUAACGACGGGGAGAGAGACCCAGAUUCGGUCUCCGAGGAGGACAACGACUACGACGAGAGUGAGCGCAGUGAGCCAAGUGAGCCAAGCGAGCGGGAGGAGGUUGGAAUCGAGGAGGUUGGAAUCGAGGAGGUUGGAAUCGAGGAGGUUGGAAUCGAGGAGGUUGGAAGCGAGGAGGUUGGAAGCGAGGAGGUUGGAAGCGAGAAGGGGGCUACUUCCGAGGAGGAGCUUCUCGACGAGGGGGACGCCGCCCCCCUGAGGAGCGCAAGGGAAAGGCGCAAGCGGGGCAGAAGCCCGGAGCGGGAGUCCCAACUUUCGGACGCGUCCGACGUGCCCAGCACGGACAAGGGCUUUUCCUCCGCCCAAAGCGUCACGCAGAAUGACGCGCCGGAGGGGAAAAGCGGUAGAGGGGGGAGCGGUAGAGGGAGGAAGGCAGUUGGAGUGACCGCCGCUAACGUGGCCGCCGCUAACGUGGCCGCCGCUAACGUGGACGCCGCUAACGUGACCGCCGCUAACGUGAGCGCCGCUAACGUGACCGCCGCCACGGCGGCCAAGGGGUCGCCCCUGUCCGAGAGGUCCACGUCGGCGGAGCGGCUCGGGGAGGACGCCUACACGGAGGAGAGCGAAGCCUACCGCGAGGAGGAUGAAGCAGAUCGAGAGGAGUACGAAGCAGACCGAGAGGAGGAUGAAGCAGAUCGAGAGGAGGAUGAAGCAGAUCGAGACGAAAACGAACCAAACCGAGACGACGAGUGGGAACGGCGCAUGGCCAGAGACUUCGCAAACCUCGCGUACGACUACAAGAAUAAUGUGAAUCUAAGGAACGAGAGUGACGAGGAGGACGAUGGGAUGGCGGGACAAGACGGGACAUCAAAACUGCAGAGUGAAAAUAAAAAGUGCGUGAAUAAUAUAAUAGACAAAUUAAAAUGCAGCUUGUUAUGCUUCGUAAAGAACAUUAGCUUCUCCCCAGUGACAUGGACCCUCAAAUUUGAAAUCGGCUGGGACAUUAACUUCUUUCCCCACGCCAUAGACUUCUUAAGUUACGUGCAGACAGAGCUCGGAAAGGAGAUUCUUUUUAAAGUGAAGGACCUCAAUAACCCCAAGAUACUCAAGGGGAAGGACAUAACGCACACGGGGGCAGAAUACGAGCUACAGAUAGAAGGCAAGAACAUUUAUAAACUGUACAAUAUUAAGGAUAAAUACAUCGAUAAGACGAAACUGUAUUGCAAUGACAUCUACACGAUCGUGAAGACCUAUGGGAUCGAGGCAGGCAGGCUCUGCAUCACCAAGGAGCUCAAGAAGGUCUUCGAGGCCUACGGGAUUAAAAUAGACUUCCGCCACCUCUCCUUCAUCAGCGACUUUAUGACGCACACGGGCGACCUGAAGUCCUUCAGCAGGCACGGACUGGGGUGCUUCCGCAACGUCUUCCACAAGAUGAGCUUCGAGUGCGCCACCAACUUCCUCACGCAGGGCUGCGUGCACAACUCAGUUGACUACUUGUCGACCGCCUCCAGCAGUUUGUUCUUCGGCAAGCCCAUCAAGGUGGGCACGAACGUCGCCGACAUCGUGACGCACAUCGAGGGGUCCGGAUGAGCGGAAUCCCGGGGCAGGCCUGCACGUGCCCCCACGUUUGACUCCACAGUUUGUGCGCGACAUUUUGCACGCGACUUUUUGCGCGCUUCACAGUGCGCCUUUUUUUCCUGACGAACUCGGGCGAGCCGGCAGUUCCGCUUGGCGCCCAUUUGGAGCCCCUCUGCGGGAACUUUACCGU